CCUAACGCAAAUUUUUCUGUAAAAAUCCAAAGAAUGGCUGCCAAAGGCAAGGAAAAGGAACAUCAGCUGGAUCCGCCGCUCUUCGUGACCUGUGACCUCGACCAGUUUCGUGAUCCGAACAAGAAGAGGGCAGCCAACGAUGCCUGCGAGGAGCUGGACAAGCUGGAUGCCCAGGACGAGAUCAGCGUGUCGAGCAUCAUCUCGGCCCUUUUGCAGCCGAUCGAGCCCUCGGAUGAUCAAUUCAAGGAAUGCGACUGGGGCAUCAACCCGAAGCAGUUCCUGCCCACCAAACAGGCGGUGAUCUUCAAGGAGCAGCUGUUCAUUUCGAAGCUGAGAAAUACGAACUGCAAGUUGAACGAGAACCUGAAGAUCUUCUUCGAGCGCGAACUGGAGCAGAUUGGCCGGUUCUGUCUGAAUGUGGAGGAGUCCUUCGAUGGCUAUGUGAUCUUCAGCAGCAGCAAGAUGAAGAAGGGCAAGGGGGUGGUGGAGUGUGGCCAUCAGUUGAAGGGCAAAUACGACGAUAAGUUCCUGCUGAUCUGCGAGAAGAGAUCGGAGUUCGAUCGUAUUGACAAUACGCGGGUGGAGAAGACCUUGGAGCUAAGGAAUCAUGCCGAUCUGAUGCUCACCGCCAUUCGGGAGACGAGGAUCAACGAGGAGGUGCAGCGCUUCAAAGCUCGAAUUGAUAUCAAAGAUCGCGAUCAUGUGUUUGUCCUGGAUGGAGGGAUAAUGCUGCUAAUGCGCCACCUGGUGGCCAAUAACUUUGUGGGCCAAUUCGAGUACUACACAAUGAACCUUUAUGGUCGCGUCCUUCGCUGCAAUCUGGUUGUGUCCAAGGAGCGGAAGAUAGUGCGAAUCUUUUAUCGCACCUACAAGAACGUCGUGCAGAUCUUCACCCAGCAGUGCUUCAACGACGAGCUGCAGGAUGUGGCCGAGACCUUCAUGACCCCCGAGGGUCGCAUUGUCCUGCAUUACUGGCGGGGCUACAACUACCUCCUACACGCCGCCUGCAUGCCGCCAAAGCGAAAGGAACCCAUUCUUCCAAAACUGGAGCUGUGUUGGCGCCAAAACGAGCAGCUGGCCCGCAAAUUUAGGGAACUCAAGGCCCUCAACUACGAGAAUGCCACCAGCUAUCUGAGCAGCAACUCGCAGCUGGCCGACUUUAUGCAGGACUACGUCCUCAAUCUGCUGCGAUACAAGCCCACCAAUGUCCUCGAGUUCUCCAUCAUGUUUUUCCAGAAUAUGGCCAAGUGAAAUUAGGCUUUUUCCCUCUAAAUUUAUAGUUAUCAAAGGGUACAACG